UGUGCUGUCAUUUCUGGUCCUUCCCAAAAGCUCCACCCACUACCCUCCCACAGGUGGUGUCAGAAGUGGGAUGAGCAUGGACCGGCACACCCUGCAAGCCGUUCUGGAGGAUCAGGAGAGACACCGUGAUGGUAUAGAGCGGCGUCGGGAAGAACGGGAUGCUCAGAGGGAUGCUGAGCGUACAGCCCACAUGACUGCGAUGGCUGACAAGAUGGCGGCCAUGUGUCUGGCCAUUCAGAACCUGGUAGUGGCCCAAGCCCAAGCUCAGGUCCCGGUCGCAGCAGCUGGACCAGUGCUGCCAGUGCCCAAAAUCCGUCUGCAAAAGAUGACCCCAGAAGAUGACCCGGAGGCCUUCCUGACCACAUUUGAGCGGAUGGCUACAGUGUCAGGGUGGCCAGCCGGAUGUUGGGCAGCCCAACUAGCCCCCUGUCUAACUGGUGAAGCGCAGGCAGCAUACCAGGCUCUGAGCAACGUGGCGGCGGAAGAUUACUCCCAGGUGAAGACAGCUAUCCUCCGGCGCCUUAAUAUCACCCCGGAGACGCAUUGCCGGCGUUUCCGGAGUUACAAGCGGCUGGAGGGAACCCGGCCUCGCAUCAUGGCCCAGCAACUCUGGGACCAUCUGACCCGCUGGCUGCGUCCCACUGAACGGACCACCCAACAAAUCAUGGAGUCUGUGGCGGUCGACCAGUUCCUGGAGGUGUUGGAACCAGAGACUCGAGCCUGGGUCGCUCGCCACAGUCCCGAGACGAUGGACACGGCCGUCGAGCUGGCGGAGGCCUUCGAGGACGCACUGCUUCGGGUGGACCCCAGUCCAGCUCCAGUGAGGCAUCGGCCUUCGCCAGCGCACCCAAAGACUGCAACGAGGCCUUCAGUUUUCCCUGUCCCUUUGAGCGCCUCUCCUCCAAAGUGGAGACAGAGGUUAGCUCCCAGCUGGGCUAGAGAGAAUCCUUGGACCUCCCCUAGUGGACCAAGGGACAAACAGCCGUCUCCCACAGCGCCGCCUUCCCCUACCUGCUUCCGGUGCCACGAGGUGGGGCACAUCGCGAGAUUCUGUCCCAUCGCGAUGGAGUGUGACGUGGCCUUGCGAUGUCCGGCUGCAGAGGGUGGUGUUCGAGUGCGUCAGAGGCCUUACCGGAUCCCGGAAAGUCGGCGGGGUGUAAUGCGCCGGGAAGUGGCCAGUAUGCUCGAGCUGGGAGUAGUGCAACCUUCCCAGAGCGAGUGGUGUAGUCCUGUGGUAAUGGUACCUAAGAAGGAUGGCUCCACUCGUUUCUGUGUGGACUUUAGAAAGGUGAACGCUAUCUCCAAGUUCGAUGCGUACCCCAUGCCCCGAGUGGAUGAGCUCCUUGACAGACUGGGUAAGGCGAGGUUCUUGUCCACUCUGGACCUGACGAAGGGAUAUUGGCAGAUCCCAUUAACACCCAGCUCCAAGGAGAAAACCGCAUUUGCUACCCCGGAUGGCUUGUUUCAUUUCAAGACCAUGCCCUUUGGGUUGCAUGGGGCCCCGGCUACCUUCCAGAGACUGAUGGACAAGGUGUUAUGUCCCCAUCAUCAGUAUGCUGCAGCGUAUAUUGAUGACGUGGUUAUUUUUAGCUCUACCUGGAAGGAGCACCUUGAUAGAUUGGCGGCUGUCCUGCAGUCUCUGAGGGAGGCGGGGCUAACAGUCAACCUAGGUAAAUGCGCGUUUGGCAAACAAGAGACCCAAUAUCUUGGAUUUAGCAUGGGUAAUGGUCGGGUAAAACCAGUGGCUUCCAAGGUCCAGGCCUUGGUGGACACUCUGGUUCCACGAACCAAGGCUCAAGUGAGGUCACUUUUGGGGCUGGCAGGCUAUUAUCGCCGUUUUAUCCCCGAGUUUUCCACCAUUGUUAGCCCCUUGAUUGACCUAACUAAGAAGAGCGCCCCAAACACUGUAAAAUGGUCAGAUGAGUGUCAGGAAGCAUUUGACAUGAUAAAGCGGAUACUUUGCCAAGCCCCUGCACUAGUGUCACCAGAUUUCGACAGGGAAUUCAUCCUCCAGACAGAUGCCUCGGAUGUCGGUCUGGGGGCAGUCUUGUCCCAGGAGAUCGAUGGGGUAGAGCACCCCGUGCUAUACAUUAGCAGGAAAAUGGCUCAGAGGGAGCGCAACUACUCAGUUAUUGAGAAGGAGUGCCUGGCCAUUAAAUGGGCCAUGAACUCUCUUCGAUAUUAUCUCCUGGGGCGGUCCUUCACUCUUGUCACAGAUCACGCUCCUCUUAAGUGGCUAAACACGAUGAGGGACACGAACGCCCGGAUUACUCGGUGGAGUCUGGCGCUGCAACCCUUUAACUUCACUGUUAAACAUCGUUCGGGUAAGGAGCAUCAAAAUGCUGAUUUUUUUUCAAGGGAGGGUGGUGAUUUAGGGGAGUUAGGGUUGGCCGAGUGUGCCUAUGGCUCCACUCUGAGGGGGGGGAUGUGUGACAGGACUGGAAGGAGUCCCUGUCGUAAUUUGCCCUCCCGACCACCGUGCCCUAGGAGCAGCAACGAUGACCUGGUGGCUACAGCUGUAAGCAGAGAUGUGACCACUGGAACCGGUGGAGCAACAUCUGGUUUCCCAGGGGGAGUGAAGCACGAGACGAGGGGAGCCCACGCUAGAGUCCUGCAUUGGGUCGGGUACACGCAGAUGACCCGCAAAUGGAGAGUUGGGUUCAGGUCGCGGUCCUGUAGUAGUGGGUUUUCGCGGUUUGCGGUUCGAGAGUUCAGGUCAGGUCCUGUAGUAGUGGGUCCAGGUCAGGAGCAGGUUGUAAAAAUUGGAACCAUGCAGGACUCCGGCCCGCAUGACAUCUGGUUACCAGCCCUUACUGCCACAAAAUGGACUGUGACGUCUAGUGCAACUGUCAGGUAUGCACUGCUCCAGUUGUGUGACUGCAUGCGAUCCAGACUAGACACCCAGCCCAGUGCUCCCUGCAUUGAUGCCCACCGUGCCCUUAGUACCUUGGUGUCUCAGUGCUUGAAUGCCAUCGGUGCUCCAGAGCCUCAGUGCCCUCAGUGCUUGGACACUCCCAGCAUCGCCCUCGGUGCAUUGGUGACUCAGAGUCUCGUUGACUCGGUGCUUCAUAGCCUUCGGUGCACAGGAACCUGCCCUAGCACUCUGGAGAGUAUCGACAACCGUGUUGGAUAG